AGUGCGGACCUACAAAGUUUGUCCACUUCGGGGCACCGUAGUGGCUUUCGCCCCGGCGGGGUGGGCUGGGCUCCGCUGGGCUGGGCUGGGCUGAGCUAGGCGGCCGCAGCCGGGCUCAGUCCCGGGGAGCCCCUGAUGGCUGCGGUCUUUCUGGUAACGCUCUAUGAGUACUCGCCGCUUUUCUACAUCGCGGUGGUCUUUACCUGCUUCAUCGUGACCACCGGUCUGGUACUAGGAUGGUUUGGUUGGGAUGUUCCAGUAAUUCUGAGAAAUUCAGAAGAGACCCAGUUCAGCACAAGAGUUUUCAAAAAGCAAAUGAGACAAGUCAAGAAUCCUUUUGGUUUAGAGAUCACGAAUCCAUCUUCAGCUUCAAUUACAACGGGCAUAACCUUGACAACAGAUUGCCUUGAAGAUAGCUUCCUUACAUGCUACUGGGGGUGCAGUGUUCAAAAAUUAUAUGAAGCUCUGCAGAAGCAUGUUUAUUGCUUCAGAAUAAGUACUCCUCAAGCAUUAGAAGAUGCUCUGUAUAGCGAAUAUCUCUAUCAAGAGCAGUAUUUUAUUAAGAAGGAUAGCAAAGAAGAAAUAUAUUGCCAAUUACCAAGAGAUACUAAAAUUGAAGACUUUGGUACAGUGCCCAGAUCUCGCUAUCCAUUGGUAGCACUGUUGACCUUAGCUGAUGAAGAUGACCGGGAAAUUUAUGAUAUUAUUUCCAUGGUGUCAGUAAUUCAUAUUCCUGAUAAAACUUAUAAACUUUCCUGCAGAAUAUUGUAUCAAUAUUUACUCCUGGCUCAAGGUCAAUUUCAUGAUCUUAAGCAACUUUUCAUGUCUGCAAAUAAUAAUUCCACUCCCUCCAGCAAUUCCUCUCCAGAAGAGAAAAACACAGACAGAAGUUUGUUGGAAAGGGCUGGACUGUCUGAAAGUGAAGUGGAGCCAUCUGAGGAGAACAGUAAGGACUGUGUUGUUUGCCAGAACGGGACCGUGAACUGGGUGCUCUUGCCAUGUAGACACACGUGCUUGUGUAAUGGCUGCGUUAAGUAUUUUCAGCAGUGCCCAAUGUGCAGGCAGUUUGUUCAGGAAUCUUUUGCACUUUGCAGUCAAAAAGAGCAAGAUAAAGAAAAACCAAAAACUCUUUGAAGAUAAAGACAACUGAAAAGUACACUUCCUACUGAAGACACAGAAAUUUGUACUCUUAGAAUUAAUCAUAACGUGGAAUCUACCGUGUGCACCAUCCGUGAAAAUUCUAUUUUAACUUCAGAUUCAUUCGGUACAUGGAUA